AUGGCCGAUAAAGCUAAGGAAAUCUUCGACCAGUUCGCCACGUACGACCCGGUCUCCAACAAGAAAUUCCUCUCGUUGCCCGAGUUCGUCUCCAUCUUGGCUCCUUUCCCCAAUGACCUCCCUUCCCAGUCAUACUCGUUGCUUUACUUGAUCGCUGACCGAGGCGGCAAGGGUUACGUGGACGAGGGUGACUUUGUCAACUUCACCACGACUAUGACCGAACGCGACGGUGAGUUCAAGUUGUUGUUUAACCUUUUGGCUAACGAUAACAAGAAGUUGUCUUAUUCUCGGUGUAUUGACAUGUUGAAUGCUUUGAAUAAGGCUAUCGAUCCUAACUACCAGCCUAAGAAGUUGAAGUUGAACUGGGCGUACCUUGAACGGUUCUUUGCUCCAAAUGGCGAGAUUGACUUCCAGGACUUUGUUUCUUUGGUCAACUACCUUCCUGUGACGAAGUUGAUUGGUGGAUUCGAAGUUAGAGCUGGCAGAGGCGGUGUGAUCUCAAAGGACGACUUCCACCACUUGUUGCAGAGCAAUUUGAGCCAUAAGUUGUCUAUCAAGUUGCAGAAGAACUUGGCUUCCUUGCCUGACUACUUCAACACCGAUCAAUUCACCUUGUCGAACGUGUUGUUCGUGUACAACUGUUUGAACAAGCUUGAUUUGGUCAAUGAGGUCAUUGCAAACACGCCGCCAACCACCAAGGACAAGGCUGACAUUUUGAUCAACAAGAAAGACUUAUACACCCACUUGAACGAUCACCUCUUGAAGUCUUCCAACUUCAAGCCCAUCACCACCAAGGAAAUCGACUUGUUGUUCUACUUGAUCGACCGUAACGAGGAAACCAUCCCUCGCAGGGAGUUGAUCUCCUUCUUGAACCCCAACUACCUCAACAACGAGCCAACCUUGUACUCGAUCUUUGACCACCCAGCUGCUCAGCCUGUUCAGGAAGAUAACUUUUCCUUGUGGCCAAUUUUCGACUCCUUGUACUCCUUUUUCUUGGGUUCUAUUGCUGGAUGUAUAGGUGCAACUGUCGUUUACCCAAUUGACUUGGUUAAGACGAGAAUGCAGGCCCAGAAACACAAGGCCCUUUAUGAAAACUCUCUCGAUUGUUUCAAGGGUUUGUACUCUGGUUUGGCUGCCCAGUUGGUUGGUGUGGCUCCAGAGAAGGCCAUUAAGUUGACUGUUAACGAUUUGGUCCGUGGUAUUGGUUCCAACGACGACGGUUCUAUUACUAUGGGCUGGGAAAUUACCGCUGGUUCUUCCGCCGGUGCUUGUCAGGUUAUCUUCACUAAUCCUUUGGAGAUUGUCAAGAUUAGAUUGCAAAUGCAGGGUGGUAAAGCUAAGGAAUUGAAGCCCGGUGAGAUCCCACACAAGAGAUUGACUGCUGCUCAAAUUGUUAGACAAUUGGGUGUCAAGGGUCUUUAUAAGGGUGCUAGCGCCUGUUUGUUGAGAGAUGUGCCCUUCUCUGCCAUCUACUUCCCAACGUAUGCCAACAUCAAGUACCACUUGUUUAACUACGACCCACAUGACCCUAACAAGAGACACUCGCUUAGUACUUGGCAGUUGUUGCUUUCCGGUGCCUUGGCUGGUGCCCCAGCUGCCUUCUUCACCACACCAGCCGAUGUUAUCAAGACUAGAUUGCAAGUUGAGGCCAAACACGGCGAAGUCAAAUAUAGAGGUAUUGUCCACGCUUUUGGUCUCAUCAUGAAGGAAGAAGGUAUUUCUGCUUUCUUCAAGGGUUCUUUGGCUAGAGUUUUCAGAUCUUCUCCACAGUUCGGUUUCACAUUGGCCUCCUACGAGUUGUUACAGAGAUUAUUCCCAUUACACCCUCCAAAUACUAGAGAGUCCAACUACAAGGCCGUCAGCGGCUACCCUGGUGUGUACAACUUGACCAAUGACCAAGUUUACGGCCAGCAGUCCAGAAUCAUGUACUUCAACCAGGACAAGUUGUUCAAGCAGCAUGGUUUGGCCGGUCCAGGUAAGGACUUGACUAAUGCCUUGAUCAAGUUGCCAGCUGACUACGUCUACAAGUCCCUGGAUGCAGUGAAGUUGUUGUUAGAUAUUGACUACAAGUUUGGCAACUUCGACUACAACUCGUAUGCACAAUUCAUCAAACGUUAA